AUGAGUGGGUUUAGAGGCAACGGGUACGGUUAUGGAUAUAGCUACAGAGACCCAUACUACUCCAGGGGACGCGGGAGGGGUGGAUCGUACCCAUACAAGCGGUCCUACAACGAUGACGGUGCUCCUUACGAAUCGAACCCCUAUCCUAAGCCCUCCAACGAAGACUAUCGCGGAGACUAUCCACGCCGAGGCGGGCCCUAUAGGGGACCACAUAGACCCCGGGGCCGUGGCAGGGGUAGUUAUCUCGGUGGAUACAGCGACAGUCAUCACGACCAGCCAUAUGACCGUUAUGUGGAGCGUGAUGGCGAGUCGCGGCCUAGAAGCAAUGUGUCGCACUCCAUAAAUGGAUCAGGGUCGUCUACAGAGAACAGCGAAUUUGCACAUUCGAAGCCAAACUCGCGAAAUGGGGGUAGAAGCGAGCACGAUGGAAGACAACAGGACUCUGUCGAUACAGAAACAGACCUUAAAAGCUCUAAAGAAAACCACUGGGUGAUACGGCUCAGAGUCACGGGCGAAACAAAAGCUUCACUGAGCAAAUCAUUUGACGAGCUGGACAAAAUCAACAAGGUGCUAGCAGAGUCUGCUAUAAAACGACUUCAUCUGGAAAUGGAUGUGGAAAGGUACUCCAGAGCAGGCAGGAGCGAGGACGUGCGGUGUAGGUUGGCAGAGGAAAAGUUGGAGGCGCUCAACUUCAUCUGA